CGUACCUCUCGCAUGCUAAGCGAGCGCUCUACCAUCUGAGCUACAUCCCCAUUGUGAUUAGUUUAGGCUAAUAUCUAUACUCCUCUCUUUUGUUCUUGUUUUCUUUUCAACCUGCAAGGCCCCCUCGGAGUAUACUAAAUUUAGACUGUAAUUUUCUGAAGCUCUCCUCCAAAUAUUCCAUAUCUUGUACCGGUUUGCAACAAUCGAAGCUCGACCAAAAUCGAAAUGUUAAAACGAUUACUAUUCCAGGCUUCAACUCAGCGUCGUUCGCUGUUUGGUGCUUCCGCACCACUCUCACGGUGUCGUCAAUAUUCUUCUUCUCCUGCAUCAACUUCCCAAUCUUCUAACAGUACUUCUGUCGAACACUUGGAGGACAGAGAAGUUAGUACUACUCCCCCUUCUGCAGCAAUCUCCAUUGACCGAUCCGGCUUAUAUAAUCCUCCCGAGCAUUCCCAUGAACCGUCAUCGGGUACCGAGCUUGUUAAGCAUCUUAAGAGCAUCAUCAAGUUCAGAGGCGGGCCCAUCUCAGUUGCCGAAUAUAUGGAGGAAGUCUUGACUAACCCAAAGGCAGGAUUCUAUAUUAAUCGCGAUGUGUUUGGCGCAGAAGGUGAUUUUAUUACCUCUCCUGAAGUAAGCCAGAUGUUUGGAGAGAUGGUUGGUGUUUGGGCCAUGUGUCUUUGGGAGCAAAUGGGGCAACCGAAAAAAAUAAAUCUUGUAGAGCUGGGACCAGGACGAGGAACUCUCUUAGCUGAUCUUCUACGCGUACAGUCCCAUUGAUAUACAUCCUCU